AUGGGAACGUGUUGCAGCUAUGAAAGGCCGCAGGGUCUACUUGGGGAGACGCCGAAUGAGUUCGUCAGCGAGCUAGACAGGUCCACAUAUUCUAUUUCUGGUUCGAUACAAGAGCAUGAUAUAACUCCAGAUGCUGGCGCAGGUGGCGUGAAGCGAGCCUCAUUGAAACAGGAGAAGAGUAACCCUACCUAUCAGUCAGAAGAACAGAUCAAUUCGGUGGUUGUUUUUGCACAGCGAACCCUGGGGCUAGCCACAUUAUCCGAUUGGCAGAAGGCAUGGUGCACCCCCUCCCGAAUAUCUAUUUUUUUGCGAGGCAGAAAAGGAGAUGUCGAGGCGGCAGGCAAGCUUGUGGCGCAAGCGCUGCAGUGGCGUGAUCAACAUCAGGCUUUGUUGACUGGAAAAUGUAUUCCUAGAUGGCAAGGUGACAUGAGACUUCUAUGUCAAGGGCACGCAGGUCAUCCAUUGUUAUACGCGUCGCACAGGUUUCAAACGGAAAGCUACAACCCGCAAGAUAUGGUGGAGCAUGCUGCUGUAGUUUUGGAGACGGCCGUGCGCAUCAUGCCUCCUAGUGUGCACCAGAUUGAUGCCGUUUUUGAUCUUAAGCACUUCCAGAUUCGCUACAAUUUGGAUCCACGCGGUGCCAUUGCCGCUGCGGAGUUGCUGAAAUAUGCUUUUAGAGAUGUGCUCCGCUGUAUUUUGAUUGUGGAUGCUCCCGCCGCCUUGAGUAUGUUUUGGAGCUUGGUAAAGCCAACGCUUCCAGAAGGCACACGGCGCAAGGUUGCCUUCCUUUCCUCAGAGAAGGCGCUGGAGUUGGUUACACAACUGCAAGGAUCCCAAGCAGCCUCUCAUCUUGAGGAGGUCAUGCGUGCCAACCGCCUUCCAGGUCCAGGUGCGGUUCCUUCCUUCCCAUGCGAGCAAGCUUGCAAGGUGUAA